GCGGAGCUGGAGUUUGCCCAGAUCAUCAUCAUCAUUGUGGUGGUUACGGUGAUGGUUGUGGUCAUUGUCUGCCUGCUGAAUCACUACAAAGUGUCCACGCGGUCUUUCAUCAACCGUCCAAGUCAGAACAGGAGGCAAGAGGACAGGCUGCAGCAGGAAGGGCGCCUGUGGCCUGCAGACAGCUCCAGUUCUCGGCCAGGUGCCUCAGAGAUCAUGUAUGCCCCUCGGUCUAGGGACAGGCUUACAGCCCCAUCCUUUAUCCAGAGAGACCGGUUCAGCCGCUUUCAGCCCACCUACCCCUAUGUGCAGCAUGAGAUUGACCUUCCCCCUACCAUCUCCCUGUCUGAUGGGGAGGAGCCACCUCCUUACCAGGGGCCCUGUACCCUGCAGCUCAGGGACCCCGAACAGCAGAUGGAGCUCAACCGAGAAUCUGUGAGGGCCCCGCCCAACCGGACCAUUUUCGACAGCGAUUUGAUAGACAUUUCUGUGUACAGUGGGGGUCCAUGCCCUCCCAGCAGCAAUUCAGGCAUAAGUGCCAGCACCUGCAGCAGUCACGGGAGGAUGGAGGGUCCACCCCCAACGUACAACGAGGUGAUGGGCCACUACCCAGGAGCCUCUUUCUUCCAUCACCAGCACAGCAACACACACAGAGGGAGCAGACUGCCAUUUCAGCACGACAGCUCGGGGAGCACAGUAGUGCCCAUCCAGGGCAAAGACAGGAAGCCUGGGAAUCUCGUCUGAUCCUACAGCAUGCACUUGAGAAAAAGAAACCAAGGAGGGAGGAGAGCCACACGCUCCUUCGCUCUG